AUGAAAAAUGAUAAUUCACUUGUAAAUUAAUAAGCUAAGAGUAAUCUAAGCAAUCAAAAUUAAUCUCCAAGAAAAUAAUAUGCUCCUUAAGAUACUAUGUCAUAGAUUAUAUAAUUCAAUCCUUAAUCUUCGAAUCUGAAAUCAUCAUCUCCUCAUAAACCAAAAGAUUAACCAAAGCAAAGUUUCUAUUUUGUUUAGGAUGAUGGUUUAAGACAAUAUGAUACAUAGGAAAAAGUUAAGAAUAACUAAAAUAUUACAAAAUAGUUAACAAAUAGAAACGAUAAAUAACGAAAACAAGUUGAUCUAUCAAGUAAUGUAUUUGAGAAUACUAAAAUUAUUGAUAUGAAAGCUAAAUCACCUGAAAAUUAAUAAUUAAUUAAUACAUCAAUCUAAUGGACAAAUGUGCAUUAUGGUAAAGUACUCACAUCUGUGAAUGAGAAAGCAGAAUUUGAUAAAGAUUAUGCCAAAUAAAGAAAGCAUUAAGAGUUACAACAAUAAUAUUAGGAUGGUUCAACUCAUAAGAGUCCUUCUAAAAUAAUAGAGAAUGAGAUUAAUAUUUAAUCUAAGAAAUAAAAUCAAUAAUUCUCUGAUCUUUUUGGAUAAGAAUUGGGAAAUAAAGAAAGAAAGUGGUUAAGACCAUAGCGUAGUCUUUCCCCUUAAAUAAAAUGGACAACAUUUGAUAGUAAUAGAGAUUAUAAAGAUUUUGGUGAUAUGAGUAUUAAAGUAAAUCUCAUAUUACAUUAUAUAGGAAUCUAAAUUACGUAAUAUAAAUACUGAUAAUCAAAAAGAUAAUCAGAAAGAUAUUCAUAAAUUAAAUCACCCUUUGACUUCACCAUUUUUUGAUGUAAAAUAUAUAAUAAUAAUAUUGAUAGUGCCAAAUGUCCUAUGAAAAAAUAAAAGGGUAAUAUAAAUAAUAGAAUUAAUUAAAAUAAUUAGAGAGUGUAUAAUCAAAGAAAUUUGGAUAAGAAAAAAAGAUUGAAUAGAGUAAUAGUAAUAAAAAGUAUGAGGGUCUCUAUUCAUGGAAAAACAAUUAUUAAAAAUGA